CUCGCUGCCAGUCUUCCCAGGCUUAGAGUGUAACCCGAGACGGAGAAGGUGGGCCUCACCCAGGAGGGGAGGGCGCCCAGAAACUUCCUGUGGCUCCCAGCUCCACCGCCGACUGAGCGCAAGGUCAGUUUGGAGCGGGUGGCAGCCUGCCUGGGGGCGGGAGACCCUCCUCGGGGCUGGGCGGAGGCCUUUAGCGCCUCGCCAUAUUGAACGGCCACGCCGAGCCUUCUUUGUCUACUGAGUCCUCCCACGAACUUUGAGCUAUAUCCUGGUGUCCGGGGCAAGCGAGCAGCGAUCGGAGCCCGCGGGUCCCCAACUCGGAGCCGGGACACUGGCGAUUCCAGUUUGGACUGAGCUUUGAGCCUCGGGACUGAGCGAACUACAGUUCGUGUAAGCAUCCUGGAAAACUGCUUGCUCUAACUCUGAGGGGCUUGGGGAGAACCAACUUGGACUUGUUGCCUGAAGAGAAAAUUUGCAGGGAGGAGACACUGUGCGAGCAGAGCUGCUAGGACUCUCCACUGCCCCCUCCCCAAGACUAGAAGUCAAGAGUUUGGGCUUUUGGCCCCCCACCCGAGAGUCCAAGCUGGAGAUCUUAAAGACCCUCGAGAAAAGCCACGUAGGGGGCUGGUUCCCCUGGGGCUUCCUGCCGUCUCCCGAUUGCCUGAUCCUCUGGAGUGUCCCCGACGUCUGCAAAGAUGUCGAUCUGGACGUGUUAGUGGAGGCCUUAAAGCCCGUGGGCACCUUUAAGAAGAUCGGGAAGGUGUUCCGCAAGGAAGAGGACUCCACGGUGGGAAUGCUGCAGAUUGGGGAGGACGUGGACCAUCUGCUCAUCCCGCGGGAGGUCCGCCUGGCUGGGGGCGUGUGGAGGGUCAUCUCCAAGCCCGCAACCAAGGAAGCCGAGUUUCGCGAGCGGCUAAUGCAGUUUCUGCAGGAGGAGGGCCGCACCCUGGAAGACUUGGCCCGGAUCAUCGAAAAGAGCACCCCACACCCACCCCAGCCCCGCAAGAGAGCCCAGGAGCCGAGAAUGAGGAGAGUCCCGCAGAUGGUCACGCCGCCACUUCGGCUGGUCGUCGGCACCUACGACAGCAGCAAUGGCAGCGACAGCGACAUGAGUGACUUCGACACCAGGGCCAAAGGCUCCGGGGGGACCAGGAAGGUACGCAAGAUGCCGGUCAGUUACUUGGGCAGCAAAUUCCUGGGCAGCGAUGUGGAGAGCGAGGACGACCAGGAGCUGGUGGACGCCUUCCUCCGCCGCGGGGUGAGGCCCAGCGCGCCGCCCCCUCGGCGCAGAGUCAACCUUCCCGUGCCCAUGUUUGACAACACCCCGGGGCCGCAGCCAUCCAGGGCCGACCGAUGGCGGGAGUACGUCAGCCGCGUGUCCUGGGGCAAGCUGACCCAGCGGGUGAAGGGCUGGGCCCCCAGGCCGGGCUCCGAGGUGGGCCAGGCCCAGCAGGCCUCCGUGGCAGCUGCGCCUGGAGCCAGGAGACACCGCCAAGCCAGCCCGGAGGCUGAGAGCGACCGGGUGCAGGGUGCUGGGUGCUGGAAGCCCAAGGCCAAGUGGGUUUCCUUGAGACGAUGCAGGAAGGAGCAGGUGCCACCCUCCGCUCGGGGCACGGGCGAGCCUGCUGAGGAGCGCCCGGAGGCUGCAGAGAACCAGAGGGCAGAGGCUGCAGCUAGUCCAAGGGCAGAGGCUGCAGCUAGUCCAAGGGCAGAGGCUGCAGCUAGUCCGAGGGUAGAGGCUGCAGCUAGUCCAAGGGCAGAGGCUGUAGCUAGUCCGAGGGUAGAGGCUGCAGCUAGUCCAAGGGCAGAGGCUGCAGAGAACCAGAGGGCAGUGGCUGCAGCUAGUCCAAGGGCAGAGGCUGUAGCUAGUCCAAGGGUAGAGGCUGCAGCUAGUCCAAGAGCAGAGGCUAUAGCUAGUCCAAGGGCAGAGGCUGCAGAGAACCAGAGGGCAGUGGCUGCAGCUAGUCCAAGGGCAGAGGCUACAGCUAGUCCAAGAACAGAGGCUGCAGCUAGUCCAAGGGCAGAGGCUACAGACAACCAGAGGGCAGAGGCUGUAGCUAGUCCAAGGGCAGAGGCUGCAGAGAACCAGAGGGCAGUGGCUGCAGCUAGUCCAAGGGCAGAGGCUACAGACAACCAGAGGGCAGAGGCUGUAGCUAAUCCAAGGGCAGAGGCUGCAGAUAGUCCAAGGGCAGAGACUGCAGCUAGUCCAAGGGCAGACGCUGUAGAUAGUCCAAGGGCAGAGGUUAUAGCUAACCCAAGAGCAGAAGCUACAGCUGAUUCAAGAGCAGAGGCUGCAGCUAGUCCAAGGGCAGAGGCUGCAGAUAGUCCAAGAGCAGAGGCUGAAGCUAGUCCAAGAGCAGAGCCUGUAGCUAGUCCAAGAGCAGAGGCUGAAGCUAGUCCAAGGGCAGAGGCUGAAGCUAGUCCAGGGGCAGAGGCUGCUGCUAACCAGAGGGCAGAGACUGCAGCUGAUUCAAGAGCAGAGACUGUAGCUAGUCCCAGGGCAGAGGCUGCAAGUAGUCCAAGUGCAGAGGCUGCAGGUAGUUCAAGAGCAGAGGCUGUAGCUAGUCCAAGGGCAGAAGCUGAAGCUAGUCCAAGAGCAGAGGCUGCAUCUAGUCCAAGGGUAGAGGCCACAGCUAAUCUGAGGGUAGAGGCUGCAGCUAAUCUCAGGGCAGGAGUCCUCCCUGACCAGGGGGCAGAAGCCAUAUAUAGUCAGAGGGUAGAGGGCCCAGCUAACCAAAGGACUAGUGCUACAGAAAAUCAGAGGGUAGAAGUCCUCCCUGGCCAGAGGGAGGAGGCUGGACCUCAGGCUAUACAGGAAGCCUCAGCUGGCUCCGGAUCUAGGGCCCGGAAACAGGUAAAGACAGUGAGGUUCCAGACCCCGGGCCGCUUCUCAUGGUUUCGCAUGCGCAGGAGAGUCUUCUGGCACACUCCCAGGUUGCCAACCCUGCCCAAGAGAGUCCCCAAGGCAGGUGAGGCCAGGGGCCUCAGGGUGCUGAGGGCUGAGCCCCGAGGAGCAGUGGAACCCGGGGAGCGGGAGGAAGAGCUGUGAGGGACGCCGGCGCCUGCGCCCUGCGUGCCCGCGUUAGUCGCUAGGAAGCCUUCUUCCCGUGCAGCCCGUCUCCCUCCAUGUUUGAAAAUGGAGGCUGCGGGGCCGGCAGCGCUGUCCACGCCGUUCCUCCCCUUUCCACCCUCUCCUCUUCCUCCCUCUCUCUUUCCUUCUGUCUCUAUUUUUUAUUUGAGGCAGAGCCUGGCUAUGCAGCCCCGAUGGCCUGGUGCUCCAUGUAUAACUGGCCUUAAACUCACAGUUGCCCUCCACCUUAGCGCCCAGCGCACUGGGGUCACAGGUGCGCACCACUGCGUCUGGAUCCAGUGACCCCCUUUGGUUUGGUUUUGUUGGAGACGGGGUCUCUCUCUAUAGCCCCGGCUGGCCUGGGAGUCACCACGUAGACCAGGCUGGCCUUGACCUCACAGAUCUGGAUGUCUGCUCUGCUGGGACUGAAGGCAUGUGCCACCAUGCCCAGCUCCCGGUCGCCCUCUUUAACAUCUUGAUUUUAUGUGAUGAGAUUGUGUGUUCAGGGUGGUAUGGUAGUAAGACACAAUUAUUUUAUACGUUGAUUUUUUUUAAAAAAUAAAAUACUAAAUGUAGCAUCGCAAAGAAUGAAAGACAUGCACCCGUGGAGCCUGCCUGGGUGCCCGGAUGGUGCGUUAACUUCGAAUGUAUUUUAAGUGCUCACAGCCUGGCAAGGGGACAUGGGAAGAGGAGGGGUUCCUCGGCCUUCUUUUCUUCUGUCUGUAACUAAGUUUGAUCGAUGGCCUUUUUGCACUUAAAGAGAGAACUCACGUUGAUAUGCAAAUAAAAAUGUGUAGA